AUGGAAUCUGUACAGGCUGUAGUAUAACCAUCUCCAAGACCAACUGGUCAUAAAUGCCAAGGUGUCUGCUGUGCUUGCAGAUAAAUUAGAGUGAUGAAGGAUAACUGCCUAAAAAAUAAUGCUGAGGAUGAAUGCCAAUCCUUUAUUCAAGCAUUCUAAACUUGCGUUGAUGAAAAAAGAUAAGAAAUUGCUGCGAGAAAAGCUUUGGAAUUAUUAUAGGCAGCAUAAUGA